UGGUGGCGCUGAACCCACCAAAUUAGUCACCAAAAGUUCACAUGUCCAUUGUUGUGCAAACUUUUUCGAUUAUUAAUAUUUCGCUUAUAAAAAAAUAAAUCGGUCUCAAAAAUGGCUCUUCACGUCCCUAAAGCCCCGGGCUUCGCCCAGAUGUUGAAAGAAGGCGCCCGGCACUACUCCGGCCUCGAAGAAGCCGUCAUUCGAAAUAUUAACGCUUGCAAGGAAUUUGCCCAGUCCGUGCGUUCGGCUUACGGCCCCAAUGGCAUGAACAAGAUGGUGAUAAACCACCUUGAGAAGCAGUUUGUGACCAGUGAUGCCGCCACUAUUAUUAGAGAACUGGAUAUUGAACAUCCCGCGGCCAAAUUAAUGAUUCUCGCGAGUCAAAUGCAAGAUUCCGAGGUUGGUGAUGGCACAAACUUUGUCAUUAUCCUGGCUGGGGCCCUUCUGGAGGCCUCGGAAGAGCUGAUCAGACUGGGGGUCACGCCGACCGAAGUGGCCGAGGGCUAUGAGAAAGCCCUGGAAAAGUGUCUCGAAAUCCUCCCGAAACUAGUCUGUUACGAAAUCAAGGAUUACAGAAACUUGAAUGAGGUCGUUAAAGGGAUUAGAACCUCGAUUCAGUCAAAACAGUACGGACACGAGGACUUUUUGGCUAAUUUAGUGGCCAAAGCGUGUGUUUCAAUCCUGCCCGAGGACACCACAUUCAACGUUGACAAUGUGCGUGUUUGCAAGGUGCUAGGUUCGGGUUUGCAAAGCUCGCAAGUUGUCCAAGGAAUGGUGUUUAAGAGACACGUCGAGGGCGAAAUCACUAAAGUGCAGAACGCCAAAGUUGCUGUUUUCAGCUGUGCAGUCGAUAUCAUGCAAACUGAGACCAAGGGAACCGUUUUGAUCAAAACCGCAGAUGAGUUGAUGAAUUUUAGUAGGGGAGAGGAGAAUCUCUUGGAAAUACAGAUCAAGUCAAUUGCCGACACUGGGGCUAAGGUGAUAGUGGCCGGGGCCAAGUUUGGGGACAUGGCCCUGCACUACAUCCACAAGUACGGACUGAUGGCAGUGCGGCUUAACUCGAAAUUCGAUGUGAGAAGGCUCAGCAAAACGGUUGGAGCGACUGUUUUGCCUCGUCUGACCGCCCCCACCCCUCAAGAACUGGGCUACUGCGAUGUGGUCUGUGUUGAGGAACUCGGGGAUACCCCCAUUGUGGUUUUCAGGCUUGAAGGGAAAGAGUCCCGAAUUUCCACCGUUGUCGUUCGUGGGGCUACUGAUAAUUAUAUGGACGAUAUCGAACGAGCGAUUGACGAUGGUGUUAACACUUUCAAGGGUUUAUCACGUGAUGGGCGUUUCCUGCCUGGGGCAGGCGCCGUUGAAGCCGAAUUAGCGCAUCAGUUGACUCAAUAUGCUGAUACUCUUCCCGGUUUGGAACAAUACGCUGUCAGGAAGUUUGCAACAGCUUUGGAAAGUUUUCCGAAGACUCUUGCCGACAACAGCGGGCAUCGGUCUACUGUAGUUUUAGAAAAAAUUCUCCAAGCUCAUCAGAACGAACAGAAAAAUGUCGGCGUUGAUAUUGACGCCGAAAGCACGAUUUGCGACGCCUUGGAAAAGAACAUUUUGGACUUAUACUCUUGCAAAUACUGGGGGCUGAAGUAUGCCGUGGGGGCUGCUGCUACCAUUCUCCGAGUGGACCAGAUAAUCAUGGCGAAGAGGGCCGGAGGACCCAAACCGAGACAAGCAGCAGGAAGCGAUGACGAAUCAUAAAUAGUUUUUUUUUAAUUCGUUAACAAUACUUUAACGUUUUGUAUUUGCACUUUCACAUGUAUUAUUUAACAGUUAUUAAUAAAUAACAAGUAUCGAAAAUAA